AUGGCGAAACACAAUACACCCGGCAAAGACGUCGCUGUUGGCGAGCAACUCGAGCUCGCAACCUCCUGUGACGGCGAUGCUGCCCAGGCUGCUUACGUUGCGGCGGUCGAAGCUCUGACUCCUGAUGAGCAGAGGCGGACAAUCCGCCGCAUUGAUGUCCGCCUGGUCUCAACGCUCGGAUUCCUCUACUGUGUCUCCCUCAUGGACAGGAACAACACUGGAAUUGCAAUGAUUUCUGGCAUGAGCACGGAUCUGGUCAUGACGGGCAGCCGAUACUCUAUCGUCGUUCUCCUGUUCUUCAUUCCCUACGUGCUUUUCCAGCCUCCGUCGACCGCAAUCCUACGGAAAGUAGGACCACGCCUUUUUCUGUCACUUACAACGCUGGUUUGGGGUUUGGCAACCAUCGCGAGUGGGUUCGUCAAGAACUGGAGCGAGCUCAUCCCCCUCCGGCUCAUCCUUGGGGCUUGCGAGGCUGGAUUCUUCCCAGGCGUCCUGGCUCUCGGCUUCUCGCAACUGGAUGGUCAUGGCGCCGGUCCUUCCUGGUGGGGGCGAGUCGUGAUCGACAAGGAGACCGGCUCCAUAACUGUACAAAGCGGAAUAUCGGGGUGGAGAUGGAUCUUCAUCCUGCAGGGAGUGCUCACCUGUGUUGUGGCUGGCUUCGCCUACCUCACCGUCUUGGGCUUCCCCGACGCUGUGAGCCAUGUUUUGGGCCUCAAGCUGAGCAAGAGAGAGGCCGACUUUAUCGUGGCAAGAAUCGAACUGGACAGAGGGGACGCCACUACUGAACGCUUUUCUCUCCGCGAGUAUAUGGGAAAUGCUUAUGACCUCAAGAUCUGGGGCUUCGCCGCACUCUUUGGUCUCACUACCGUCAACACAUACGCUAUUGCUUACUUUCUUCCGUUGAUCCUGAAAGAUGGUCUGGGAUUCAGUGUCGCCGUGUCUCAAUGCCUCAUUGCGCCUCCGUAUAUCGCUGCAGGAGUUGCCAUGUAUACUAUGGCGUACCUGAGCGACAAGUAUCGAAUUCGAUCUCCGUUUAUCGUGUUCAACGGCUGCCUGCUCCUCGUUGGGCUGCCGCUGCUCGGCUUCGCUACCAACGUGGGCGCACGAUACUUUGGAGCCUUCGUCACCACCACGGCUUGCAACGCCAACGUCCCCUGCAUCCUGACCUGGCAAGCCAAUAAUAUUCGCGGCCAAUGGAAGAGAGCUCUCUGCUCGGCUACCCUGGUUGGGACGGGGGGCAUUGGAGGUAUCAUUGGUAGCACCGUGUUCCGCAGCCAGGAUGCGCCUGGGUAUCGGCCAGGAAUCUACGCUGCGAUGAUCGCUAGUAGCUUGAUUAUUCUCAUCACUCUAGCACUAGAUGUCAAGUUUUUCAGAGCCAACAAGCGCGCUGCGGCCGGUGGCAAGAUUAUCGGAGGGCUAGAGGGAUUCCGGUACACGCUUUGA